GGAUGAGAGCAGCCAUUGGGGAAGUGCAACAUAACCGAGCAGCUCGCGCUCUCUCUCUGGAGUAAUAAAGACAAAGUAAAAGGCGACCGAGCUUCGGAAAUAUUUCCAACCUCCGAAAAAAACGGACACGUAACUUUGGAAAAACCAGGAUAUAUUUUUCAUUUUAUUUUUUUUGUGGGGGAGAAGAGAGAGAGAGAGACUUCUUUCGGGGACCAGUAUCCGAGACGACAGACUUUUUAACUGUGGAAGUUGGGAACUGAAAAAAAAAAUCACGCACACACAGCGGAGCACCGUGCGACUUGCUACACCCCCCAAACCCACCCCUUUCUUCCCCACACCCCCCUCCCUCCCUCAACACACGCUAAGCUAGCUACGCUAACUGCAACGGAGCUGUGUGAACUUGCUUUUGUGUGUGUGUGUGUGUGUGAGUGAGUGUGUGUGUGUGUGUGAGUGUUGUUUUUGUUUUUUCAUAUCACGGAGGGCCUUUUGGAGAAAAAAAGAAGAAAAGAAUCCAGUCACAAGCUCCGGCUCUUGUGAGAAUCCCGGGACGUGCUUAAUGAAUUAUGUCUGCCACAAGCAUUGACCCUCAGAGAUCAAAGGGACAAGCAUCUAAAGUCCAAAAUGGCUCGCUGCAUCAGAAGGAGGCGGUCCACGACGACUUUGAGCCGUACCUCACGAGUCAAUCCACUCAGAACAACAGCUACCAGUCCAUCACCGACCCCUACCUGUCCAGCUACUACGCCCCCUCCAUUGGAUUUCCGUAUCCCCUCAGCGAGGCCCCCUGGUCCACCGGCGGGGAUCCCCCGAUUCCGUACCUCACCCCCUACGGAGCCUUGAGUAACGGAGACCAUCACUUCAUGCCGGACACGGUGUUCGGGCAGCCGGGGGGCCUGGGCAGCAACAUCUACCCACACCGGUUUAACUUUUUCCCCGAAAACCCCGCCUUCUCUGCCUGGGGCACAAGUGGCUCCCAGGGCCAGCAGACUCAGAGUUCAGCCUACGGCGGCAGCUACAGCUACCCCCCCAGCUCCCUGGGGGGCACCCUGGUGCCCGAUGGCCAGACGGGCUUUCACAGCGACACCCUCAACAAAGCCCCCGGCAUGAACAGCCUGGAUCAGGGCAUGGUGGGCUUGAAGAUCGGAGGGGACGUCGCCGGCCAGGGCGUCAAGGCCGUGGGGUCCGUGAUCGGCGGACCGGUGGUGGCGGCCGCGGGGAACGGAGCCCCGGGCAUCGGGAUGCUGCCCCCUAAACCCACCUCCUGGGCGGCCAUCGCCAGCAAGCCCGCCAAGCCGCAGCAGCUGAAGGCGAAGGUGAAGCCGGGGAUGUCCGCUCUGGGGGGGGCUCUUCCCCCGCCUCCCAUCAAACACAACAUGAACAUCGGGACCUGGGACAAGGGCCCCGCGACUAAAGUAGCCACGGCUCCGCUGCAGCAACAGCAGCCUCUCGGCCUUUCUCCUCACGCCAUGCCACCUCAAGGCCACAUGCAGCAGGGACCCAUGCACGCCCCGCCUCCCCAGUCUUUGGUGCAGCCCCAGAUGCAGUCUAUGGCCUUACAGACCCACCAUCACCAGCACCCGCACCAGCACCAGCACCCGCAUCAGCACCAGCACCAUCAGCCCCCGCCUCAGCCCUACCAAAACCACGCCCAGCCCCCGCAACCCCAGACCCGCUGGGUCGCCCCCCGCAACCGCAACCAAGGCUACGGGCAGGGCGUCCCCGGCCUCGACGGCGGCGGCGGCGUGAUGGGCAUGGUCGGCGGCGGGAACUGCGGCCCUCAACAGUGCGCGGGCCAGCAGGGGCCCGGCGGAGAGUCCCACCCGGUGCUCGAUAAGCUGCGCGCCUCCAACAGCUACAACCCCAAGGACUUCGAGUGGAACCUGAAGAACGGGCGCGUCUUCAUCAUCAAGAGCUACUCCGAGGACGACAUCCACCGCUCCAUCAAGUACUCCAUCUGGUGCAGCACGGAGCACGGCAACAAGCGGCUGGACUCGGCCUUCCGGGCCAUGAACGCCAAGGGCCCCGUGUACCUGCUGUUCAGCGUCAACGGCAGCGGGCACUUCUGCGGCGUGGCGGAGAUGCGCUCCCCGGUGGACUACGGCACCAGCGCCGGCGUCUGGGCGCAGGACAAGUGGAAGGGCAAGUUCGACGUGGACUGGCUGUUCGUCAAGGACGUGCCCAACAGCCAGCUGCGCCACAUCCGCCUGGAGAACAACGACAACAAGCCGGUGACCAACUCCCGCGACACCCAGGAGGUUCCCCUGGAGAAGGCCAAGCAGGUGCUGAAGAUCAUCGCCACCUACAAACACACCACCUCCAUCUUCGACGACUUCUCCCACUACGAGAAGAGGCAGGAGGAGGAGGAGGAGGUGUGCAAGACUUUUGAACCUUCUCCCAUACCGAACCGCUCUCGGUUGGAUCAGGAGCGCCAAAACCGGAAUAAACAACAAUAGAAGACAUUUACCCCGGGCUUGAUCGACAGUUACAGAACUAGGACAUUUGAUUUAAGAGACAGAAGAAUAUGAAAAAUGCAAAAGUCCUUCAUCUUUUUUUUUUUUUCUCCUUCCCUAUUUAAUCCCGGUGAAUCUCCGCCGUUGUCGAGACGACUCGUGCUUUCUUUCUUUCUUUCUUUCUUUCUUUCUUUCUUUUUUUUUUUUGCCCCAUCUACCGCCCACUUCUCGUGCAGGGAUAAACAAGCUGAUGUAUGUGUCACCUCGCCACCGCCUCACUCUAUCGUUGUUGUUUUGUUUUUUAACAGAAUAUUUUUCUCCCCCUGUUCCAUGUCGUACUGGUCCCCCCCCCCCACACCCCCCCACCCGCCUCUUUCUAAUUGAAUCAGGGUUAAACAGAAUCUGCCACUUUAUAAUUCAGUACAAUCAGGAACGGACGUGUCCUGCCCCUAUUUGUCCAUUUGGGGGCGACGUUGCCACGCUUCAGAGGUUUUUAACUGUGCCAACCGGGGGACGGACUAGGGAGCCUCUACGAUAAUAAAACUUUAAUGUUUUAUCUAUUUUUCAUUCAGAUCGACACAACAACAACAACAACAAAAAAAACUGACAAUUUUCAUUUCAGAAAAAAAAAACUGUUUUCUGGAGCCUUAAUGUUUUAUUAUUUUUUUUUUUCUUUAUUUUUGUUGUUGUUUUUUUUACUAAUUUUUUUUGGUGACUUCUCAAAAGAAACUGCUCAAAACAGUGACACUGCUGGAGAAAUCAGGGAUAGUGUGAAGUCACACGGGACUCGAGACAUCCCCCCCCCCCCCCCCCCCCACAAGAGGAAUUUGCAAAGGCCUCUGGGAAAAGAAAAAAAGAAGAAGAAGAAGAAAAUAACGUAUGUGUGUCCUCCUACAACCAGAACUCACCAUUAUCAGUCAUAACGUUGUGCUCUUCACGUCCCUCACAGCCCUCCGCUCUGCUUGCUGCCUCCAUGUUGGUCUUCGGGGGUCUUUUGUAUGUUUCUGCUUCGCGUACGCAACCCGGUCCACCGUUUUAAUUGUUUUAUAAUCAGAAUGAUGUAAUGAUGUAACUGCUGCAUUGAAUGAAUUGUUGCUUCUUUUUUUUUCACAAUAUGGGGGGGAGGGGAAGGGGGGGGGGGGGGUUCAAAUAGUUUUUGUCCAUUCACCAUCAUUCUGUCUUAAUCCUGUUUUUUUUUUUUUCUUGUUUCCCUCCUUAAAUUUGGUUUCGCUGAGUCUAUCAUGUCGGUCGUAAUGCUAAGCUUUAACGUAGGAGCCUAUAUAUUCAUGGAGAAAGCCUAAAAAAAAAAUUAAAAAAAUGUAUAACCUAAAAAUUAAUGUAACUGAUUUACUAUCGAGUAAGAAAAGAAAAAAAAAUAAGAAUGAAA